ACUCAAAUGGAGAUCUGACCGACCCAUUGACAAGAACACACAGCAAGAUAUGGGAAACGUUGCAGGCGGCAGGCCCAUAACUCUUACCGGAUCUUGGUUUGUUUUCCUCUAUCAACACCAUUUCCUUCUCUUCUUUAUUUCAACACACUUCUGGAAAAAAGGGGAAAUUUCCAAAUGCAAAAUGAUAAGCGGGAAAAACAGAUGCCCAUUUCCAGGAAGCGUGAAAAACUAUACGUCGAACAAGAGAUAAACACUGUUUAGGGUUUGAUUGUCGCCACAAAAAGGGGGACUUUUGAUUGUGCUGCAUUCUUACCUCAAGAAUUUUGCUGUUCUCAGCUCUGGCAUUCAGAUUACUCGGUUCCUACAUGAGAUUUUGCAGGGUUAGGUGUUCGGGUUUUGUUUUCAUCUAAUUGCUUACUUGUUCAUGAAUUGGCUUGUUGGGCGCGAAUAGGGGUUCGCAAUUUGGUGCCUGAUCAGCAAAAUUAUGUUUGGAUUAUCAGAUUCUUACAGUAAACAUGGUGCCUUUGUUUUACCGCCUGGAAUAAGUUCCUGAAAUUGCUUUCAUCUUAAAGGCCAUGGAACAUAACUAAAGCUUAAGAGAUUCUGGAGCAAGAUUUAGCAUUCGGUUGGUGAGGGUUUUGCGUAUUUACAUCACCGUUGAAAUGGGGGAAGCUUCUGAAUCUGGGUUGAGAACAUCAUGUUCCGGAUUGGUGAGAACUAGUUCUUCCCGAGAGGAGGAAAUUUUUCAUCGGCAAGCAAGUUUUGGAAGCUCUGGGUCUAGGAAUACCAGCCCGCUUGGCCGGAUGGGCUCAAGGAAUACAAGUCCUUCUCGGCAGAAGGUGAUUAAAACCAAACCAAGGGGGUUGGAUGAGGAAACAGUGGCCACGUUUAGUAAAACUGUACAACUGGAUAUCCAGAUGGAAGAUAAUAUAUGGGCAAUGUUGCCAGAGGAUCUGUUAAAUGAAAUCUUAGCUAGGGUUCCACCAUUCAUGAUAUUUAGGCUCCGCUCUGUUUGUAAGAGAUGGAAUUCAAUUUUGCAAGACUAUAGUUUUCUGAAGUUUCAUUCACAAGUGCCCUCCCACGGGCCUUGUCUCCUGACAUACUGGAAAAAUUCCCAGACUCCUCAAUGUUCAGUAUUUAGCUUGCCAUUGAAGCAGUGGUUUAGGAUCCCAUUUACGUUUCUACCACAGUGGGCUUUCUGGUUGGUAGGUUCUUCAGGGGGUCUUGUAUGCUUCUCAGGACUGGAUGGCUUGACGUUCAAGACGUUAAUUUGCAAUCCACUAACACAAGCUUGGAGAACUUUGCCAAGUAUGCAUUAUAAUCAGCAAAGACAGUUGAUUAUGGUAGUUGAUCGGAAGGAUCGGUCUUUUAAAAUUAUCGCUGCUAGUGAUAUAUAUGGUGACAGGUCUUCACCUACUGAAGUAUAUGACUCGAAGCUCAACAAAUGGUUGCUUCACCAAUCUAUGCCUGCCGUCAACCUUUGCUCCUCGAAGAUGGCAUUUUGUGACUCAAGAUUAUACUUGGAAACCCUUUCGCCACUUGGUUUAAUGAUGUAUCGAUUGGAUACGGGGCAGUGGGAACAUAUACCUGCAAAGUUCCCCCGAUCGUUGUUGGAUGGAUAUCUUGUAGCUGGAACCCAAAAGCGUCUGUUUCUAGUUGGAAGAAUUGGGCUUUAUAGUACUCUUCAAAGUAUGAGAAUAUGGGAGCUUGAUCAUACUAAAUUUAUUUGGGUUGAGGUAAGUAGGAUGCCACCACGGUAUUUUCGAGCUCUUUUGAGGCUAUCAGCUGAAAGAUUUGAAUGCUUUGGACAGGAUAAUUUGAUAUGUUUCACAUCUUGGAACAAAGGAAAAGGUCUUCUGUAUGACGUGGAUAAGAAGGCUUGGUCUUGGAUUGCUGGAUGCGCUCUACAAUCAUACAACAGCCAGCUCUGUUUCUAUGAACCAAGAUUUGAUGCUAUGAUCUACUGAUCCAACUGCACUUUCUCAGAUAUCUGUUACCUUUGUCAAAUUGCCAACAGUCUAACCUUCUUUAUCAUCAUUAAUCCAGAAUCAGAAUCUUGAAGGUAUUUAAGCCAGAGGUAAAAGUACCUCCUCUGUGGAGUUGGUGAUUCUUGGCGGUUUUAAGGUUUUGAGAAUGCUGAUGGUUGAUGCUGUAUGUUCUAUUACCUUAUGACGCGGUGGGUGUAGGAAGGUUAAGGCUACCUUUGAUCAUGGCCAUAAAGAAAGUAACCUUACAUUAAAGUGGAUAUACCCAACCACAGAUCCUAAAAGUACAUGUCAACAUGACAUUUCACCACUGUAAACAAAUGAUCCUCUUUACACUGCCAUGAAAAACCAUUCUUAUGACCAUGCAAUACUCUUAAUGAUAUGCUGUUUUUGUACUGCUCACGGUUGAGGCAUCUUUACAGUCAUCUGUCACUACAUGCUAGUUGCUAAUGUUAA